UAAAAAGCUUCAGCUUGUGUACAGAAGGAUCCGCAAAGGCGAGUCUCUGGACAGGUAGUUCUCUAAAGGCUGUCCUGAUUUUUUGAAGGCCUUUAGCGGUUUUAUUGUUUCUCUUUGGAGACUGUCUGGUACUGAUAACCUACUGACAUUAAGAUCAAGCCACUAAACGUGUGUUUGAUAAAGAAGUUUGUCCUUUGUUGCUUUGUUUUAUCAGUGGUAACGCUUUGAAUUAACGUUAUAUAACAAAGCACUCGGAUCUUCAUUUUCUCUGUUCACCUGGGAGUCGAAUGGCCUCUGUUGUCACCGUGAAGACAGAGAAGCGUCCUUCCCCUGACUCCGAGGAUGGAGACACAAUGGCUAAGAAGGCCAGGAAGUUGUUGCCCAGCCUGAAGACCAAGCGAGCUCCUGAGCUGGUUUUGGUGAUUGGUACAGGUGUGAGUUCAGCCGUAGCUCCUCAGGUGCCGGCGCUGCGCUCAUGGAAAGGUCUGAUCCAGGCGCUGCUAGAUGCUGCCAAUGAUUUUGAUCUGCUUGAGGAGGAAGAGAGCCGGCGUUUCCAGAAAAGUCUGCAAGAGGACAAGAACCUGGUGCACGUUGCUCAUGACCUUAUUCAGAAACUUUCACCACGGACGGGAAAUGUACGCUCCACCUUUUUUAAAGACUGCCUGUACGAGGUGUUUGAUGACCUGGAGUGUAAGAUGGAGAACGCUGGGAAGCAUCUCCUCCGCUCAGUGCUGCAGCUGAUGGAGAGCGGUGCACUGGUGCUCACCACCAACUUUGACAACCUGUUAGAGAUCUACGCUGCCCACCAAGGGACCAAGCUGGAGUCUCUGGAUCUCACAGACGAGAAGAAGGUUCUGGAAUGGGCUCAGGAGAAGAGACGACUGAGUGUACUCCAUAUUCACGGCGUCUACACCAACCCUAGUGGUAUCGUACUGCAUCCUGCUGGCUACCAGAAUGUUUUGAGGAACACAGAAGUCAUGAGGGAGAUCCAGAAACUCUAUGAAACAAAGUCCUUUGUGUUCCUGGGCUGCGGGAGGACGGUGGACGACACCACAUUCCAGGCGCUGUUUCUCGAGGCGGUCAAACACAAGUCUGACCUUGAGCACUUCAUGCUGGUGCGGCGGGAGGACGUGGGCGAGUUCAAAAAGCUUCGAGAUAACAUGCUGGACAAGGGCAUUAAGGUCAUCUCGUAUGGCAACGAAUACGCCGACCUGCCCGAGUACUUCGAACGGCUGGCCAAUGAGAUUUGCAACCGGGACGUGGAGCGGGACAUGGUGACUAAUGGCUGGGGAUCUCCCAUCUCACCAGGAGAAGAAAGUCACAACGGCUUCACGACCCAGAAAAACCUCCUGCAAGACUACCACUCGUGACACAAGUGUUAGUCUGGGACGUCCCACAGCUCCGUCGCCCCCUUCCGCUCGGGUCUGGUUCGACUAGAUCUUCACGCACAACAGACUCUUUCCUCAUGUUUUCUGAGCGCUGUGGCAAUCGGUUGGCAUCACGCGGGGAAUAGCGUCAGUAAAAACACCACUGUGAACUCCUGUCUGAAACGCUUUAUGUAAGUGAGUGAGGGAGAUUAUUAUUCUUAUUAUUAUUAUUUGAAAUCAGGUAAGUGAAGUGUGGACCAAGAUGACGUUCAGGGCAGGCCGGUCUGAUCCUAAAACAGUUUGACCGGUCAAAUGUGCUAGAUAAAUACUGUAACGAACUGAACUGGAGAGUUUUAGCGUUUUUUCAUAUCAUUAAAUGCACCAGCGAUAUUUGAGUACAGAAAUGAUCAAGAAAUGUCCAGGUCAUAUUUCAUUCCAACAUUAAAAACAGAGAAAAAGGGAAGAACGUAUGAAGUAACACCCCACGUUAGCCAGAAUUCACUUUAUAACUGGAUUUUAUUGUGCGAUUAUUAUUAUUAUUCUUAUAUUUAGAAGAUUUUUUCUAUUAAACUUUUCUUUAAAUGUCAUUUAUUUAUGUGAAUGAUUUUACAGCAUCAUUACUUUAUGCCUCGUUUCCACUGAGCGGUAUGGUUCAUUUCGGUUUGGGUCACCUUUACCAGGCUUGUGUCUCCACUGCCAAAUGAUACCCUUUUGGUGGGUGUGGUGUACGACAGAAAAUUGCAGUCGAUGUCAUUCUCGCUUGAAGUCAAAGUAGAGCUAUACGGGUCGUUCACACAUCACAUACAAAACUUUAUACACAUAACAGGUCUGCUUGUGUAUGAAUGUUAAUAACUAAACUUUCUA